CAGCACGACUGCAGUUUCAAGUCGCGACUUGCCAUCUGAUCUCGUUUUCCUUUCAGUGUGAACUGCAUGGCGCAAUAUUUGCGUAUUGAGCAUUAAAAAAAUUGACGCAGUCACGCAAGUGUUUUUUAUGAUUACGGUUUCUAUCGUUAACCUUCAGAUCCAGUGAUACCCGUAUUGUUCGCAGUCUCUUCUCUGCAGUGAUAAUUUUUCUGUAUGAAUGGCCUAAUCGCAGACACUGUGGACGGUUGAGCCGAUGAACGGUCCCUGUUUCGCGUCAGGUUUUGUGCUACUCUUUAUCGGGAGUUUAUCUGAAGGAUUAACGCCUCCAAACAGCAGCCACUCCAUCAGUUCCGUAUGAAGGAUUGGCCAGAUAAGGCUGAUAAACCCUGUUUGGGUCGCGAAUUCCGCGGAGUGUCUGAUUUCUGGUCGAGAUUGGCUUGUUAACUGCCACGAGGAGGAUGUCGCGAAGGGUAGUCCAUUAUGUUGAUCGCCGACAAUAGCACAGUGGAUUUGCCUUUGACGUGAGAAACACUGUCUGAAGAGAGCGCGGCCUGCCUGAGUGCCAUGAAUGGUAGUUGGUCGGACAAGGAGAUUGAGGCACGAGACACCGCAGGAGACGAUCUGGAUAGUGUACUGCUGGACAACCCCCCAACCAUCCCAUCCCCCAUGCGUCUGAACGCCGAGCACGGCUGUCUGGUGGGACAGUGUGACAACUGUCACUAUCAACCUGAUUUGGAUGAUGUUCUACCUGAUUGCUCAUGUUUACACUGCGCCGACGGUAGUGUACACGGUAAACAAUCGACAUGUUCGCUCUUCCAUACUCGGACACCGCCGCCGUCACUAACGCUGGUCAAUGGCGAUGAGCCGCGCGGUGAGGACGAUGCGACGGGUCUGGAUAAGACCCGCGAACAGGACACCGCGUCACCCUUAAGUAAUCUACAGUCGAUCCGCACCGGAAAUGAAGACGACAUUAACCGUCUGGUGGAGAAUCUACAGUCGCAGACGCGUAACGCACAGGAUUAUGUUGAGGAGGAGCAGAGUGAGCAGGAGAGUGAUGAGAAGGUGAUUGAUUCCUCGCCGACGGGACGCUUCGUUAAACUGAACGUGGAGAUUGGACGGGGAUCCUUUAAGACGGUGUAUAAGGGCCGUGACCGUGAGACGGGAGCUACGGUGGCGUGGUGCGAGCUGACGAGUAAGAACUUUCUCAAACCGGAAAGACAGCGGUUUAAAGAGGAGGCCGACUUGCUGAAAGGUCUGCAGCAUCCCAACAUUGUGCGCUUCUUCGACUACUGGGAGGCGCAGAAUCCGGCCAAGAGCAAUCUGAAGUACUUUGUCCUGGUGACGGAACUCUUGGCAUCCGGGACGCUGCGCACGUACCUCAAACGCUUCUCCAAGAUCAACAUCAAGAUCCUCAAGAGCUGGUGUCGACAGAUACUGCGCGGCCUGAACUAUCUGCACUCACGGGAUCCGCCGGUCAUCCAUCGGGAUCUGAAAUGUGAUAAUAUCUUCGUCCUGGGCACCACAGGCUCGGUGAAGAUUGGAGAUCUGGGCCUGGCCACGCUGAAAACCAAAGAAGGCGCCAAAAGUGUUAUUGGCACGCCGGAAUUCAUGGCACCGGAGAUGUACGAAGAGCAGUAUGAUGAGGCGAUCGAUGUGUAUGCUUUUGGAAUGUGUAUGCUGGAAAUGGCUACUUCGGAAUAUCCAUACAAUGAGUGUCUGAACGCCGGCCAAAUUUAUCGACGAGUUACGGCGGGCGUCCGACCGGCAGCCUUCGAGAAGAUUGAGGAGCCGGAAAUAAAAGAGAUCAUCGAUCGCUGUAUCCGCUUCCAGAAGGAUGAACGCUAUUCCGUCAAGGAUCUGCUGGCGUUGGAGUUUUUUCUGGAGGACAACCAGGUGCGGGUGGAGUUUGUCAAGAAGGAAACGGACAUCCAUUCCACCGACCCGAAGGUGUUGCUGCGCGUCCGGGUGCCGGAAGCCCGCGCGGUGAAAUUGAAGUACCGGGAAAAUGAAGCCAUUCAGUUUGAGUUUGACACGGUGGAGGAGAGCGCCGAGUCGGUGGCCCAGGAGAUGGUCAAAUCGGGCUAUCUCAUGGAAGAGGAUCAGCGCGCCGUGGCGAAACAGAUUCGUGAUCGGGUCAGUGAGAUUAUCAAGGAGCGGGAGCUGUUGAAAACGAAGAAGAAGCCCGAUGCGGCACCGCCGCCACCGGUUGCUGCGACGGCCACACCGGCCCCGUCACAGCCGGCUUCGGCGCCGGCAACCGAUAUCUCCAACAAGGAAAUCCCCCGAAAGCCGCCGGUGACGGAGAAACCGGAGCCGGCGACGGAGCCAUCGUCGUUGAAAAGUACCGAUUCAUCCAAAAUAACGAAAGACAUCUUGAAAGAGCUGGACGAGAAGUUAACCAACAUUACCAUGCCCACGAAGAAGCCAAAGGGUCUGGAUAUUCCCGAGACGCCGACGUACAGCGCCUCCUCUACACCCAACCAUAUCACCACGCCGCCGCACGCCAUCCAGCUGCCCAAUCAACCGGAGACGUCCAACGGAACCGGGGUGAUUGAUCGGUUAACGCUGAAAUUGGCGGAGUUGUCGGGAUCCGGUGAGGAGCACGUUGUGAAGCAAGUGGCAUCGACGCCGCUCAUGUCGCCCCAUGAGGUGAAAGUCAUGUCGCCGUUGAGUGAAUCCACGGCCAAUGGAUCCGCUCCGGCGACCAUUGUCCCGACGCCCGUUGUCCCCGUGCUGCAACCGGUUAUGUAUUCGGCGCCGGCGACGGUUACAUCGCCGAUCGAUGUGGCCAAUGUCGAUGUUAUUGACGGAGUAACGGAAUCCAGUUCAUCGGCAACACUGGAAAAAGCUGCCAGCGACAACGAAGCUCCGUCUUCUAAGGAUGUUGGACCGGACGGCAUCCCCGAGGCGGAGAAGCCGCCGUCGCAGAUUACUGCAGAGCUGCCCGCUUCGAUUCCCACAACAUCUUCGGCGUCAUCCCUUCCCGCGGUGGCUCAGUCAUAUGCCGCAUCGGUUAGCAGUACGCGCAAAGGUCGUUUCGGCGUGACAACCAUCAAGGACGCCGUGACAACGUCCGUGAUGCAGAAAGCCCACUCAGUGGUGUCGGAUGAUAAUCGGAGUUAUGUGACGGACAUCAGUAAUUCAUCCGGCAUUACCAUGUCCUCCAAUUCCUCCCAGGGCUCGGCCAAUGGGGAACUGGCGCAUAUGAAUGUCGAACGGCAGUCACUGGAGAAUUUAAACAGCAUCUUCGCCAUUGAGCGCCUGUUUCGUGAUCAUCCACACAAUCAUAAGACACCCGUUCUGCGCGCAAUGUCCGUCGAUGAUGAUGAUCCUGUGGCCACGGAGAACUGGAAUGAUGAACUUAAUAUCAUUUUAAAACGGCAUGCCAAAGAGCGCGAGGCUUUGUCAGUGCGUCAGCAAGAAGAACUGCGAAAUUUCUUCACGAUGACGGGUUUCCGGCAUCCCAUACCGAAUCACUUCCGCAACGACUCACGCCGGUCCUCCUUGGUGGAUUCCGUCGACACAAACUCUGGGCCGCUGGAGAAUGGCCAUCACGAGGACUAUGAGGAGGAAGCUCAGCGCUCCCUGAGCGCAUCCCUGCGCAACUCCAAUUUCCGCAGUCCGCGCAAUAAACCCGGUCGCCGCAAGGUGUAUCGCCGACGGGCGGCUACCAGCAACCCCACCCAGUCGCCCAGCAGGCGGAAAUCGCCCAAGAUCAGCCCCGAUAAAGAUCAGGUUAUAAUAUAGUUGCCGGGCUGAUUUAUUUCGGCAUGGAGGUUGUCUUUUUGAUUUUUGUGCUUUCAGAGAGAGCGGGAGAGAUGGUCGGGUCGGUGUCUCCCGUCUCUCUUUCUUUCUCAAUUUUUCUCUUUUUUGCGCUCAGCCCUGCUGUUUCUCUUUGGCUUGGCUCGUUUGUUAGGCGCAAAGCAGAGGAAAAGGCAAACCAUUGUCUGUGAAGAGUGUUUCAGAUGCGAUAGAAUUUUUUCGGAGAUUUGGGUGUCCUUUUUUUAAUAAUUUAUGCCCUCGUGAUGUGUGCUGGCAUAACUUAUUUUUCGACCAAAUACGGCUUUAACGGAAUCGGAUGGGAGAAUGUCUUUUUCAUUAAUUUAUUUUCUUCUUUUGUUUUACAAUCUGGAGAUUUUUUCUCUCUCUGCUAGGUAGAGAAGAGUGCGUGUGCGUGUGUGGCUUUUUAUUGUAUUUGAUUGACGGGCCUUUUUUUCUUUGAUGAUCUUGCGAAGAUACUUCUGCAAUUUUUUGCUGUAUUUUACCAAUUUUGGCCAUUGUAAUAAAGUUUGUUGUACAGGA